AAAAGGAUGCAGACAUGAACGGCAGGGUGCAGUACGGGUGGACACCCGUCAUGAUGGCAGCAGUAAAGGGACACAGACAAGUGUUUGACUUACUUGUGACACAAGGAGCUGAUGUAUCAUUAGUGGGUGUUGAUAGAAACAACAUCCUCCAUAUGGCCUGUCUUCGAGGACAUGUGGACAUGGUGAAGUAUGUCCUCUCAAUAAAGGAUGCAGACAUGAACGGUAGGGGGCAGUACGGGCGGACACCCUGAUGAUGGCAGCAGUGAAGGAACACAGACAGGUGUUUCACUUACUUGUGACACAAGGAGCUGAUGUAUCAUUACUGGUUGUUGAUAGAAACAACAUCCUCCAUGUGGCCUGUCUUGGAGGACAUAUGGAUAUGGUGAAGUAUGUCCUGUCACAGAGGGUUACAGACAUCAACAGUAGGGGGCAAUAUGGGCGGACACCCGUGAUGAUGGCAGCAGAGAAGGGACACAGACAAGUGUUUGACUUACUUGUGAGAGAAGGAGCUGAUAUAUCAUUAGUGGAUGCUGUCGGAGACACCAUCCUUCAUGUGGCCUGUCUUGGAGGACAUGUGGACAAAGUGAAGUAUGUCCUCUCACACCAGGUUGCAGACAUCAACGGUAGGGGGCAAUACGGGCGGACACCCCUGAUGGUGGCACCAGAGAAGGGACACAGGCAAGUGUUUGACUUACUUGUGAGAGAAGGAGCUGAUGUAUUAUUAGUGGGUGUUGAUAGAAACAACAUCCUCCAUAUGGCCUGUCUUGGAGGACAUGUGGACAUAGUGAAGUAUGUCCUCUCACAAAAGGAUGCAGACAUGAACGGCAGGGUGCAGUACGGGUGGACACCCGUCAUGGUGGCAGCAGUGAAGGGACACAGACAAGUGUUUGACUUACUUGUGACACAAGGAGCUGAUGUAUCAUUAGUGGGUGUUGAUAGAAACAACAUCCUCCAUAUGGCCUGUCAUGGAGGACAUGUGGGCAUGCUGAAGCAUGUCCUCUCACAGAAGGUUGCUGACAUCAACAGUAGGGGGAAGUAUGGGUGGACACCCGUGAUGAAGGCAGCAAGGAAGGGCCACAGACAAGUGUUUGACAUACUAGUGGGAGGAGGAGCUGAUGUAUCAUUAGUGGAUGAUAACGGAAGCAACAUCCUCCAUGUUGCCUGUCUUGGAGGACAUAUCGACAUGGUGAAGUAUGUCCUGUCACAGAAGGUUGCAGUCGUCAACCGUAGGAGGCAGUACGGGCGGACACCCCUGAUGAUGGCAGCAGAGAAGGGACACAGACAAGUGUUUGAUUUACUUGUGAGAGAAGGAGCUGAUGUAUCACUAGUGGAUGAUAACGGAAACAACAUCCUCCAUAUGACAUGUCUUUGAGGACAUGUGGACAUAGUGAAGUAUUUCCUCUCACAGAAGGUUGCAGACAUCAACGGUAUGGGGCAGUACGGGCGUACACCCCUGAUGAUGGCGGCAGAGAAGGGACACAGACAAGUGUAUAACUUACUUGUGAGAGAAGGAGCUGGUGUAUCAUUAGUGGGUGUUGAUAGAAACAACAUCCUCCAUGUGGCUUGUUUCAGAGGACAUAUCGACAUGGUGAAGUAUGUCCUGUCACAGAAGGUUGCAGACAUGAACUGUAGGGGGCAGUAAGGGCGGACACCCCUGAUGAUGGCAGCAGAGAAGGGACACAGACAAGUGUUUGACUUACUUGUGACAUAAGGAGCUGAUGUAUCAUUUGUGGAUGAUGACGGAAACAACAUUCUCCAUGUGGCCUGUCUUGGAGGACAUGUGGACAUAGUGAAGUAUGUCCUCUCACAGAAGGUUGCAGACAUGAAUGGUAGGGGAAGUACAGGCGGACACCCGUGAUGAUGGCAGCAGAAAAGGGACACAGACAAGUGUUUGACAUACUAGUGGGAGGAGGAGCUGAUGUAUCAUUAGGUGUUGAUAACGGAAGCAACAUCCUCCAUGUUGCCUGUCUUGGAGGACAUAUGGACAUGGUGAAGUAUGUCCUGUCACAGAAGGUUGCAGACAUCAACAGUAGGGGGCAGGACGGGCGGACAUCCGUAAUGGUGGCAGCACAGAAGGGACACAGACAAGUGUAUGACUUACUUGUGAGAGAAGGAGCUGAUGUAUCAUUAGUGGGUGUUGAUAGAAACAACAUCCUCCAUUUGGCUUGUCUUAGAGGACAUAUGGACAUGGUGAAGUAUGUCUUCUCACAGAAGGUUGCAGACAUGAACGGUAGGGGGCAGUACUGGCGGACACCCGUGAUGAUGGCACCAGAGAAGGGACACAGACAAGUGUUUGACUUACUUGUGAGAGAAGGAACUGAUGUAUCAUUAGUGGGUGUUGAUAGAAAUAACAUCCUCUAUAUCGCCUGUCUUGGAGGACAUGUGGACAUGGUGAAGUAUGUCCUCUCACAAAAGGAUGCAGACAUGAACGGUAAGGGGCAGAAUGGGCGGACACCCCUGAUGGUGACAGCAGUGAAGGGACACAGACAAGUGUUUGACUUACUUGUGACCCAAGGAGCUGAUGUGUCAUUAGUGGGUGUUGAUAGAAACAACAUCCUCCAUAUGGCCUGUCAUGGAGGACAUGUGGGCAUGCUGAAGCAUGUCCUCUCACAGAAGGUUGCUGACAUGAACAGUAGGGGGAAGUAUGGGUGGACACCCGUGAUGAAGGCAGCAAGGAAGGGCCACAGACAAGUGUUUGACAUACUAGUGGGAGGAGGAGCUGAUGUAUCACUAGUGGAUGAUAACGGAAGCAACAUCCUCCAUGUUGCCUGUCUUGGAG